UUUUGCAGUCUAAAUACAUGGAAAGGUUUUGUAGGUGACGCGGGGUCUCAUAUUUUUCCCAGAUUAAUUUCUAGGAGUUUACAGAUUUAUACAGCAGAAGUUUCAGUCAACCAUCUCGAGCUAUACAACCUUUGUUGUCAUCAAACUCACGCGUGAAUUCUGAUUUGCUGCUCCAAUCGUGAACGAUUCAUUUAGCCGGUUUAGAAUAGAACAGGGAUCCUCCCUGGUGCGAGUGGCGGACAGACAGUCAUGCAGAUACACUGUUAGUAGGGCGACACCGGACUACCGGAUAACGAUGAGCGAUAUUUCAUGAUAACCAAUUAACAAAAUAAUAAAUAGGUAGCUAGGUAGGUAACGUGAACCGUGGUGUUUUCCGCAUUAAUGUAAAGAUGGCGAGAGUGCUCUAUAACUUGCUCAUGUUUACAAUCGGACUCACGCUGAGGAUCCGAGUUUUGGGGUAUUGGUCGUUGAUAUACGGUUAUUGUGCCCUUUGCACUGCCGUAGCGCUGCUGAAACUUUGGUGGAACAUCAUUUUAAGGCCGUCAACAACCUUCCAGUGGGGAAUUCGCGAAACACCCCCUGCAUGCCUGAACGACACGUCCUUGGGAACGCACUGUUAUGUUAGAAUAAAGGAGUCUGGUCUGAGGUUUCACUAUGUUGCUGCUGGAGAGCGAGGGAAACCACUCAUGCUGUUUUUGCAUGGCUUCCCAGAGUUCUGGUUUUCCUGGCGACACCAGCUGCGUGAGUUUAAGAGUGAAUUCCGCGUGGUGGCCGUUGACAUGAGAGGCUACGGGGAGUCUGACUUGCCGUCAUCCACAGAGAGCUACCGCUUUGACUACCUGGUCACCGACGUCAAGGACAUUGUGGAAUACCUAGGUUACAACAGAUGUUACCUGGUCGGCCAUGAUUGGGGAGGAACCAUCGCUUGGCUGUUCGCCAUCCACUACCCUGAGAUGGUGACCAAGCUCAUCGUCCUAAACUGCCCCCAUCCCUCUGUCUUCACCGAUUAUGCCCUACGUCAUCCCAGCCAGCUGCUCAAAUCCAGCUACUUCUUCUUCUUCCAGCUGCCUCGCUUCCCAGAGCUCAUGCUCUCAAUCAAUGAUUUUAAGGCGCUGAAGGGCCUGUUCACCAGCCGUAGUACAGGGAUUGGGAGGAAGGGUCGGUGGCUCACUGCAGAGGACAUGGAGGCCUAUCUCUACGCUUUCUCCCAGCCAGGGGCCCUGACCGGGGCCCUCAACUACUACAGGAAUGUCUUCAGCUCCCUCCCACUGAGCCAGAAUGAUGUCAAGUCUCCAGUGUUGUUGUUGUGGGGUGAGAGGGAUGCCUUCCUGGAGCAGGAGAUGGCUGAGGCGUGCAGGGUCUACAUCCGGAACCACUUCCGACUCAACAUCAUCUCUGGAGCCAGCCACUGGCUACAGCAGGACCAGCCUGACAUCGUCAACACACUCAUUUGGACCUUCCUCAAAGAGGGAGAGGGGCGCAAAAUGCACAGGAACUGAAUCUAGCUAGAGAUGCGUCCCAAAUGGCACUCUAUUGCCUUUAUAGUGCACUACUUUUGACCAGGGCCUGGGUCAAAAGUAGUGCA